UGAAGUGCUUUUAUGAUGUUGUCAAUUCUUAGCAAAUCUCAAAUGAAGGCUCCUAGCUAUGGCCUUGCCUUAGCCCGUUCCUUUGCCACGACGAGAUCAAUCGCUGGACAAGAUCUUGAAGCUAGUCGCCCAAUUCCAGCCACUAGAAUUGCACAAGAGGGCUCUAACCAGCUCAGCUUAGAAACUCCAAGGAAUGGUGUCGAAUACGCUCUUACAACUCUCGACAAAGUCAAAAACUGGGGACAAACUGGAUCAUUGUGGCCAAUGACUUUCGGUUUAGCAUGUUGCGCUAUUGAGAUGAUGCAUAUGGCUACAGCGCGUUACGAUCAAGAUAGAUUGGGUGUUGUUUUCCGUGCGUCACCAAGACAGUCAGAUUUGAUGAUUGUUGCUGGUACACUCACGAACAAGAUGGCACCAGCUUUACGUAAAGUCUACGACCAAAUGCCGGAACCACGUUGGGUUAUUAGUAUGGGAAGUUGCGCCAACGGAGGUGGAUACUACCACUACUCAUACUCCGUCGUCCGUGGUUGCGACAGAAUUGUACCAGUCGACGUGUACUCACCUGGAUGUCCACCAACUGCUGAGGCGCUCUUGUACGCGAUGUUACAAUUACAGAGGAAGAUCAGAAGAAACCGUACAGCGACACUUUGGUACAGAAAGUAAAUAAUAAUAGCAUUUUGUAAUUUCUUUUUUAUUUCAUUAUCUUUAAACU